AUGGUGUCACGAAGGAAUAUGAUGGAGAGAUUCCCACCUGUCUUUCAUUGGUCCUCAAGAGAGUCGGUGGCUGUUCGAAGAAAGAAACACCAUGGCGCACACCCCCACAGUAUGUCGCGCCCGCUACUCCCCGAGUCCGCCUACGCAGAACUCGGCCUCCCACCCUCGGUACUUGAAGACCUGAUGAAUCCCAAGCCACCACCAUCCACCGAGCACCGCACCGUCCCGCCACCCGAUGUAGUCGCGCCAAACUUACUGGAGAGCGACGAAGGUGGCGAGCGCCCCAUGCAGCCGAAUGAGACGUCGAUAACGCUGUAUGCGGAGUUGUUACUCCAUGUUCGCACCGUUACCCUGUUUGCCUCGCUGAGGACGAAUCAUUCGCGGGAAACGCAGGCGAGGGCGAGUGCGGAUGGGAGUUGUGUUACCGUUUCGCAUGAGGGGGAGAGCGCGACGAUCAGGCUGCCAUUUAAUAUCAAGGGAGGCGGGGAUGCGGCGCUGUCGCUGCCCAGUCAACCGCCAACCAAGGAGUUGACGCUACGGAUGCAGUUGGAAGAGACGGAUGACACAGAUGUACUCGAGGCACUUAAUAGCGAAGACAGGCAAGCGAAUGUUGUGCCAUGGGAUGGGGCGAGUCUGAACGAGGUAGGAGAUGUGGUGAUGUGUUGUAAGAACUGUGGGGAAGUUAUGGUGCAGAAGGGGAAAGUGAGGGAGUGGAGGGAUCUGCCGAAUGAGAAUUGGGCCGAGAUGAUGGACUUUUGGCACUGCCAUAAACCUGAUGAGAGUCACAUGCAUGGUAAAGAGGAAGAGGAGGCGGUGGGAAACAAGGGAUAUGCAGCGGCGAAUCGAUUGCAGGCUCUGGAGGGAGUUGGUUUCGUGGAUCUGACGAGCUUCUUGUUCAAACAAGAGGACUGUGAUGGUGCACAGGUAAGCCAUCCUUCCAUCAUCUCCAUCAGACGAUUUCCGCUCGAGAAACGCGUUUGGGUGCAAAGAAGGCGACCUAGCCUUACCCCAAUGGCAGCGUCAGUCGAUACAAUCGCCCUAGAGAAACAUGCAAACACACGAUCCGCAAUCCUGGACGUAUCCUCUUCCUCGUGUCGAUGGAUCACCGGUGUUGUUGGACAGCGGCCCAGCAUUUCACUGUCUCUCUCUUCAGAGGACAGGUCACAUGCCCAAUCAAUAAUUUGCCGCCAUUGCGACCAUCUCCUCGGUCACCAAGACCUUUCAACCAAUGGCUGGCGUCUCCAAAAAUGGAACCUAGGCAUCCGCUCCCCCACCUUCUUCGCCGCCGGCCUACCGACCUCGUACAGUGCUCAAAAAUGGAUAUCCGCGCGCUUUCUCUCCCUGAUUGAAAACACCGGAUUCCGGAAAUUCCACGUUCAUCCCCCGCUUCCUUCAUCAUCACGGCCACGAUCAACCAGCCACACCAGCCCAACUUCUCCUUCCUCUUCUUCCCCACACUCCAACAACAACGAUGACAAUAGCAACAGCAACAGCAACAGCAACAAUAACAAUAACCCGUCCGCCACAAACCCCCCACCCUCAUCCAAACCCCCCACAUCCCUCACCCUCUGGCUCUUCACCCCCGACCUCCUCCUCUCCUCCUCCCUCCCGUCCCCAACCCGCCUCGACCCCACCCGCGCCAUGAAAAUCUUCUACAAACCCUCGUCCACACCCUACACCCCACUCCAGCCCGGCCAGCCCGAACCCGCAGCCAUCGAAGAUGUCGAGUUCCCGCCGGAUCUGUACGACGAGUUGGAGGCUGCGUUGCGGUUGAGUCAGCGCAUUUUGCCGCGUACGGCGCGCAUGUGGGGGGGUUGGCAGGUUGGUGUUUUGGAGAGGUUUUGUGCGGGGGAGGUUUUUGGGGGGGUGUGGAAAGGGGGGGAGGGGUUGUUUGCGGGGUUGGAGAGUGAAGAUGUGGAUUGA